GUAUAAGCAAGAAGAUAUACAUUAUACUCACGUUGAGUUUACAGAUAACUCAUUAUGCUUGGAGCUUAUAGAAAAACCUCCUCGGUGCAUAUUCAAACUUCUCACUGAACAAUGUCACAUGCCCAAGGGAUCGGAUUCAGCGUAUUUGAAUAAUCUGCAUGCGGAAUUCGAAUACAAUCCUAUGUACAUAAAGGGUUUAGAUCGUCGCCAUUGGGAAACAGAGUUUGGUAUUAGACACUACGCAGGAAAAGUAAUUUAUUCAGUAGAGGGAUUUGUUGAUAAAAAUCGAGAUAUGCAACAAGAUGUUCUUUUUGAUUAUAUGAGUCGUAGUGAACACACAUUUCUUUGCGAUCUUGCUAAAAGCCAGGAUCAAUCGUGCUCUAAUUUAAUACCUAACGUUUCAACCAACCAACGGGGUACAAGUAAAUCCAAAUCUACAGUCAGCGAUCAAUUUCGUCAACAAUUACAGUCUUUGAUCGACGUACUCCAGAAUACAAAACUAUGGUAUAUUCGAUGUAUAAAACCAAAUUCUCUUAAACAAGCAAAUAUAUACAAUGAGUCCUUAGUUCUCGAUCAAUUGAGGUACCUUGGAAUUUUAGAUAUAAUUCGAAUUAGACGCGAAGGCUUUCCAAUUCAUCUGACUUUCUCAGAAUUCAUAUCAAAAUAUAAAUGUGUGAUAAGAAAUAAAACAUUUUCAAAUAGCCUUAAUGAUAUACUGCUUGUAUUAAAAGAGCUUAAAGUCCCAGAAACUGAGUGGCAAAUUGGCAAAACAAAAAUAUUUUUAAGAAGCUCUGCAAUUGAGCCGUUGGAGGAUGAAAGAAAAAGGAUAAGAUGUGCCAACUCAAUAAUUAUACAGAAAAACUGGAGACGUUACUUAAACAAUAAGAAUUAUAUGCAUGUAAAGAAAUCUAUACUUAUUAUACAACACGCGUAUAGGGGUUGGAAAUUGCGAAUUAAAUUUUUAAGAAUACGUCGAAGCGUAAUAAUAAUACAAAGUCGACUACGUGGUGUAUUUGCAAGAGAG